UAGACAGGCCUCAUCACGACAACAGAGGAAAUGGGGGGAGGGAUCAAAAUCUUGACUCAGACAAUAGGGAGGUUAAGAGACAUUUUAGUUAGUUGGUGAAUAAUGUUAUAGCCGGUUAACAGACAGAAUUCAAUGGUUUCAUUGGCAGGCCUCUAUGUGUAGAUAUACAGUAAUUUUACGAUGACAGUGACAAAUUAAACUGAAAGAUCUCUGUAGAAAGAACUGAAGCAGUGAGCAAUGGAAUGCCAGUGUUAAAAUGCUGUAUUUGACUUGACAACUAAACAAAACAUCUACCGUUAUAUCUACUUCAGAGGAGAGGAGAGUUCAACUUUUGUCAAUAAGUCUGUGGACAGGGCCAAGCAUUCAAGAAAAGGCCCAACAUUCAAAAAAGAGGAAAGUGAGAAGUGGAAUUCAUCUGUGAUUUUAAGCACAACGGUGAAGGGAGAAGGACAUACGGAGGUGUCCCACCGGACCUCUGAAGAAGGGGAGACAUGGAACACUCCUGGAUUCUGAGCGCUGUUUACCUCCUGGUUGUCUCGGCUGCUGUUACACGUAACGGUGUGGCAGGACAAACUCACAAUGAUUCAGCGCCUACUACAGUGAUACAAAUUCAGAGUGAAUAUUUUGCAGUGGGCAAAGAUGCUAACAUAAGCUGCAGCAAUAGGACAUGGUCUGAUGCUCUCCAUUUUAUCUGGAAAAUAAACAUUAGUGGAGUCAACUGUCUGAUAAGUGAAUCUACCAAAAAUCCUCCGCACAACAACUGCACAGGAGGGAAAACACUCCGCAACACCACCAAUGGGGAGUCCUACCUGCACAUUCCUGACUUUGGAGUCAAAGAUGAAGGGACAUAUAAAUGUGAAGGGGUGUUCAGAGGUGGAGCUGAACAGGUCAUCAUUACAGUGCAGGCAGCAGUCCCUCCUGUUCUCUCCACCAGUCUAGAGCGGGAUGGUGGUCAGUGGUUUGCUGUCUGUUCUGCUGCUGGGGGAAAACCAGCGGCCAAAGUGUCCUGGGAGAUGUCGAGAUCUUCUGGGGUCACUGAGAGGUCGACCCCAAACGCAGAUAAAUCUGUCACUGUUGAGAGUUGGCUGCAUUUGCAAAACAAUGACACGAUGGACAAGCUGAUCUGCGUGGCCAAUCAACCUUCCUGGACUAACGAGUCAAUCUUGGAGCUUGGUGCUUGGAGCCUAAGUCGUGAAGGCAGUGCUUUUAAAUGGACCAUUCCAUUAAUAAUUGGUUGUCUGCUCAUCAUAUUGUCAGCGGCCAUCUUUUCCUAUGCUGCUCGUAAGCACCUCAGAAAAUUUAGUUUAUUCAUCAACCUGUGCUGCAAGUCUGACGGGACCUCAUCCACCGAGUCGAAACAGGCCCAGGAAGUGGAGGAGGUUGAGCCUUAUGAGAGCUAUGUGCAGCGCGUCAACUCCAUCUACAACUCUUCUGCUGACCUCUUCGGUGUCUGAUAUACAACACAGGCACAGCAGCACUUGUCUGCUGGGAGAUGUGUGUGUGUGUGUGUGUGUGUGUGUGUGUGUGUGUGUAAGCGUGCGUACUUGCAGCAAGCAGCUUUUGGGAAAUUAUGGUGAGGAGAUAACUCACUUUUGAGGUGUACAAGCCACUGUAGUGAAACACUCA